CCACGCUUGCGGACUAAGAAGCUUGCAAUGGCAAUACGGUCUCAGGGUGCAUUUCUGGACGCUGCUCGCUCCUACUGCCCUUCCAUUCACAUCAAACGAGUCAUUAUGCAUUUUUAAUUAGAAUAAUAUUUUAAACAUUCUCUCCAGAGCAACGUUUUUACAAACACUGUUUAAUCAAGUGAGGGGCGCCUGCCUAUGACUCUAGCCUCCGAUAGUCUUUCCCAGUGAAUUCUGUUUCACCUCCUGCCGCGAACGCCGGUUCAGUUACUGGCAGAUUAGAUUUCUCUCCUGGCCCCCGCCUCGCCCUUCCCCAUCCUAUGGAGAAGCGGGAAUAAAAAGAUCAGCCCCAGGCGGGCGUGCAGCUGGGUAAGUGCAGCCCGUUGACCGGAGCGCGCGGGUCCAUCGCUGGGCACCCCCUCCCUCUCCCCGCGCCGCCUCCAGCGCGAGUGACAACGCGCCCUCGGGUCUCGGGAGCUGCGGCGGCGAACAAUCCCGGGCAGGGCUCGCCUCGCCGGUGACAUCACUCCCGAAGAUACUCCCCACUCUCAGCGCCUGCCUUCGCAAGGAGUCCGUCCGUUUGCUUGUCGGUUUUCUUCCGUCCGCUGCUGGAGAGGGCUCAUUGCUGGCCAGGGACAGAGCCGGGCACUGAGGAGCGACAGGACCCGGAGGACGAGUAGGGAGAGUGCAGGCAGCGAGGAAAGGAGGAUCCCGGCAGGUGACAAGCAUGAAAUUCAGCCCAGCGCACUACCUGCUGCCUCUCCUGCCGGCGCUGGUCCUCAGCACCAGUGAGGGCAUCGAUCACAUCACUUGCGACUCUGGAGAGCUAGAAAAGCAGCUGAAGCAAGUCUUGAAGGAGCGGAGCACCAUCCUCCGCCAGCUGACAAAAACAUCAAGAGAACUUGAUGGAAUUAAAGUCAACCUUCAGAAUUUGAAAAACGAUGAGAAAUCUGCCAAAACUGAUGUUCAGAAGCUUCUGGAAAUAGGUCAGAAACAAAGAGAACAAAUGAAGUCUCUCCAGGAGGCCCUGGAAAAUCAGCUUAAAGAGACAACUGAGAAAGCAGAAAAACAGCAGGCUACUAUUGCUUUUUUAAAGACUGAAAUGGAGAGAAAGAACAAAAUGAUCCGAGAUCUCCAAAAUGAGAAUAAAAGCUUGAAACACAAACUCUUGUCAGGAAACAAGCUAUGUGGAAUACAUGCAGAAGAGUCAAAAAAAAUCCAAGCCCAGCUGAAGGAGCUUCGUUAUGGGAAGAAGGAUUUAUUAUUUAAGGCCCAACAGCUUACUGAUCUGGAACGAAAAUUAGCUGUGGCGAAAAAUGAACUGGAGAAAGCAGCUCUUGACCGGGCGUCGCAGCUGAAAGCAAUGAAAGAGACGGUACAACUCUGCCUCUCAGCUGUUUUCCAUGAUCAACCUCCUCCCCCUUUGAAUCUCUUCAAGCCUAGUCCAACUCGGAUAUCAAUUCCAUCCAUGCCAAAUGACACUAAGAUUGCAGAUGCAAGGACAAGAAGCAAGGAUCAACAAACCACUUCUGAAGCCCAUGAGAGCUCUCAAGUUGAGACUACAAAGGAAGAAUAUCUGAGUACCCCUGAAUGCGAUACUCAAAUUCUUUUACAGGGGAGCACGACCUGUUCAAUGAAGCACAAAGAAAAUCCUGCAAGCAAUGACACUGCAGAAUCAGAACCUGUCCCACAGAAUGUGAUGGUGCCUCCUUGUACUGAAUGCGAAGAGGAAAAAAACCCGGGAAAACAAUUGACCAGCACUGAAGGGAAGGCAAAUAGAGAAAAAAAAUGACUGUAAAUACCAAGAAACUGUGUUAAAAAACAUCCAUUUGCUAUUGUCUUCAUACUCUUUUUAGACCACAAGCUUGAUGGAAAUACUAAGUUUUUAAAGCAUGCAACUUUUUCACAAUUUUAUGUACCUUUAUAUAGUAGUCUACAAAUUUUCCAAAAGAUUCCAGGCCAAUUAUGAUCCUUAAGCAAUAACCUAAUUAAAAUGGAUAUCCAGGCUUCCCUGGUGGCACAGUGGUUGAGAGUCUGCCUGCUGAUGCAGGGGACGCGGGUUCGUGCCCCGGUCCGGGAAGAUCCCACAUGCUGCGGAGUGGCUAGGCCCGUGAGCCAUGGCCGCUGAGCCUGCACAUCCGGAGCCUGUGCUCCGCAACGGGAGAGGCCACAACAGUGAGCGGCCCGCAUACCGCAAAAAAAAAAAAAAAGGAUA